CUGUCACAAAGGGGCAGCACGUGAGCGCCGCUGCCGGGGCACGGUCGCAAGAGCCAAGGUCGAGAGCCGCUGCCGCCGUCCCCGGCUCCCGAGGGUCCCGGCUGCGCCCUGCUCCUUGCUGCCGGCUGCGCGGCCGGCGCAGCCAUGUCCAUUCUGUACGUCUCCCCGCACCCAGAUGCCUUCCCCAGCCUCCGCGCCCUCAUCGCCGCCCGCUACGGGGAGGCCGGGGCCGGGCCUGGCUGGGGCGGUGCGCACCCCCGCAUCUGCCUGCAGCCACCGCCCGCCAGCCGGGCCCCUUUUCCGCCGCCCCGCCUGCCGGCCCUAGAGCAGGGACCCGGGGGGCUCUGGGUGUGGGGCGCCGCGGCCGUGGCGCAGCUGCUGUGGCCAGCGGGCUUGGGGGGCCCCGGGGGCAGCCAGGAGGCUGUGCUAGUGCAGCAGUGGGUCAGCUACGCUGACACCGAGCUGAUUCCGGCCGCCUGCGGGGCGACGCUGCCGGCCCUGGGGGUGCGAAGCCCGGCCCAGGACCCCCAGGCUGCACUGGGGGCUCUGGGCAAGGCCCUGCAGCCCCUGGAGGAGUGGCUGAGGCUGCACACCUACCUGGCAGGGAAUGCGCCCUCCCUGGCUGACCUAGCUGCGGUGACAGCCUUGCUGCUGCCUUUCCGAUAUGUCCUGGACCCCUCCGCCCGCCAGAUCUGGGGUAGUGUGACCCGCUGGUUCAGUGCCUGUGUCCAGCAGCCAGAGUUCCGGGCCGUGUUAGGAGAGGUGGUUCUGUGCUCAGGGACCAGGUCCCCCUGUCAGCAGUCAGGUCCCGAGAGUCCUGCACCUCCAAAGACAGCCGCCCAGCUCAAGAAAGAAGCAAAGAAGCGGGAGAAGCUAGAGAAAUUCCAGCAGAAGCAGAGGCUCCAACAGCAGCAGCCCCCGGCAGGGGAGAAGAGACCAAAAGCAGAGAAGAAGGAGAAGCGGGAUCUUGGGGUCAUUACCUAUGACCUGCCGACCCCCCCUGGGGAGAAGAAAGAUGUCAGCGGCCCCAUGCCUGACUCCUAUAGCCCGCAGUACGUGGAGGCUGCCUGGUACCCCUGGUGGGAGCAGCAGGGCUUCUUCAAGCCUGAAUACGGGCGCCCCAGCGUGUCCACGCCAAACCCCCGGGGCAUCUUCAUGAUGUGCAUCCCACCCCCCAACGUGACAGGCUCCCUGCACCUGGGCCACGCGCUCACCAACGCCAUUCAGGACUCACUGACCCGAUGGCACCGCAUGCGCGGUGAGACCACCUUGUGGAACCCGGGCUGCGACCACGCGGGCAUCGCCACCCAGGUGGUGGUGGAAAAGAAACUGUGGCGGGAGCGGGGGCUGAGCCGGCACCAGCUGGGGCGAGAGGCCUUCCUGCAGGAGGUCUGGAAGUGGAAAGAGGAGAAAGGCGACCGGAUUUACCACCAGCUGAAGAAGCUCGGCAGCUCCCUGGACUGGGAUCGAGCCUGCUUCACCAUGGACCCUAAACUGUCGGCCGCUGUGACAGAGGCGUUUGUGCGGCUUCAUGAGGAAGGAGUCAUCUACCGUAGCACGCGCCUGGUCAACUGGUCUUGUGCCCUCAACUCGGCCAUCUCUGACAUUGAGGUGGAUAAGAAGGAGCUGACGGGUCGCACCCUGCUCUCUGUGCCUGGCUACAAAGAGAAGGUGGAGUUUGGCGUCCUCGUGUCCUUCGCCUAUAAGGUCCAGGACUCAGACAGUGAUGAAGAGGUGGUGGUGGCCACGACUCGGAUCGAGACCAUGCUGGGUGAUGUGGCCGUGGCUGUGCACCCGGAGGACCCCAGAUACCAGCACCUGAAGGGAAAGCGUGUGACCCACCCGUUCGUGUCCCGGAGCCUGCCCAUAGUCUUUGACCACUUCGUGGACAUGGAGUUCGGCACAGGUGCUGUGAAGAUCACCCCUGCGCACGACCAGAAUGACUACGAGGUGGGGCAGCGGCAUGGGCUGGAGGCCAUUAGCAUCAUGGACGUCCAUGGGGCCCUGGUCAAUGUGCCCCCACCUUUCCUGGGCCUGCCCAGGUUUGAGGCCAGGAAGGCCGUGCUGGCAGCCCUGAAAGAGCGGGGACUCUUCCGGGGUGUCCGGGACAACCCCAUGGUGGUGCCGCUUUGCAACCGGUCCAAGGACGUGGUAGAGCCUUUGCUGCGGCCGCAGUGGUACGUGCGCUGUGGGGAGAUGGCCCAGGCAGCCAGUGCAGCCGUGACCCGGGGUGACCUCCGAAUCCUGCCCGAGGCCCAUCAGCGCACGUGGCAUUCCUGGAUGGACAACAUCCGGGACUGGUGCAUCUCCCGGCAGCUGUGGUGGGGCCAUCGAAUCCCGGCCUAUUUCAUCACCAUCAAUGACUCAGCGGUGCCCCCCGGGGAGGACCCGGACAGCCGCUAUUGGGUGAGCGGCCGCAGUGAGGCGGAAGCCCUGGAGAAGGCAGCUGCAGAGUUUGGGGUGUCGCCUGAUAAGAUCAGCCUCAAGCAAGAUGAGGACGUGCUGGACACCUGGUUCUCCUCCGGCCUCUUCCCCUUCUCUAUCCUGGGCUGGCCCAGCCAGUCAGAAGACCUGAGUGUGUUCUACCCGGGGACGCUGCUGGAGACAGGCCACGACAUCCUGUUCUUCUGGGUGGCCCGGAUGGUCAUGCUCGGCCUCAAGCUCACUGGCAAGCUGCCCUUCCGAGAGGUCUACCUCCACGCCAUCGUGAGGGAUGCACAUGGCCGGAAGAUGAGCAAGUCUCUGGGAAAUGUCAUCGACCCCCUAGACGUCAUUCAUGGUGUCUCCCUGCAGGGCCUCCAUGACCAGUUACUGAACAGCAACCUGGAUCCCAGCGAGGUGGAGAAGGCCAAAGAAGGACAGAAGGCUGACUUCCCUGCAGGGAUUCCUGAGUGUGGCACCGAUGCCCUCCGCUUUGGCCUCUGUGCCUAUACAUCCCAGGGCCGGGACAUCAACCUGGAUGUGAACCGCAUACUGGGCUACCGGCACUUCUGCAAUAAGCUCUGGAAUGCCACCAAGUUUGCCCUCCGAGGCCUCGGGCAGGGUUUUGUGCCCUCACCUACCUCCACGCCUGCAGGCCGAGGGAGCCUGGUGGACCGAUGGAUCCUCAGCAGGCUGGCGGAGGCCGUGCGGCUCAGCAGUGAGGGCUUCCAGGCCUACGAUUUCCCGGCCGUCACCACAGCACAGUAUAGCUUCUGGCUGUAUGAGCUCUGUGAUGUCUACCUGGAGUGCCUGAAGCCUGUCCUGAGCGGCUCGGACCAGGAGGUAGCCGAGUGUGCCCGCCAGACACUCUACACCUGCUUGGAUGUUGGCCUGCGACUGCUGUCCCCCUUCAUGCCCUUUGUGACCGAGGAACUGUUCCAGAGGCUGCCCCGGAGGAGCCCGCAGGCCCCCGCCAGCCUCUGUGUCACCCCCUAUCCAGAGCCUGCGGAGUGCUCCUGGAAGGACCCUGAAGCCGAAGCCGCUCUGGAGCUGGCACUGAGCAUCUCUCGGGCUGUGCGCUCACUGCGAGCAGACUACGGCCUCACUCGAACCCGGCCUGACUGUUUCCUGGAAGUGGCCGAUGAGGCCACAGGCGCCGUGGCAUCGGCAGUAUCCGGCUAUGUGCAGGCACUGGCCAGCGCAGGAGUGGUCGCUGUCUUGGCCCUUGGGGCACCUGCACCCCAGGGCUGCGCCGUGGCUCUGGCAUCUGACCGCUGCUCCAUCCACCUGCAGCUGCAGGGCCUGGUGGAUCCUGCCCGGGAGCUGAGCAAGCUGCAGGCCAAGCAGGCAGAGGCACAGCGCCAGGCUCAGCGUCUGCAGGAGCGCCGCUCUGCCUCGGGCUACGCCGUCAAGGUGCCCCUGGAAGUGCAGGAGGCGGAUGAAGCCAAGCUCAGACAGACGGAGGCAGAGCUCAAGAAAGUGGACGAGGCCAUCGCCCUAUUCCAGAAGAUGCUGUGACACCCGUUUCAGCCCUCAGGGCCCCUGGGGUCCACCUUGGGGACAGCUGCAAUAAAAUAUUUUGCCACAAA